AUGACGGAUCAAGAAGCUGCUACAUAUGCAGAAUUGCAUGAAGUUGGUGCUGAUACCACAGCGGAUGCUCAGCUUGUUGGCGAGGCUAGUGCAACUGCUCUCCAUGACGAGGAUGCCGAAGGAGAGCCAGAGAAAGAGCCUACCCCCCCACCUGUUGCAUUGCCAAAAACUCCUAAAGCCAAGCCGACACGCAAAGGUAAGGCGACCAAGGAGACACCAGCUGCUGCCGGCUCAGAUGCGAUUGUUCCCCCCAGCUCAAUCGUUCCAGCCAAAGCCGCUGCUCCGGAAGAGAAAAGCCCAGACAAGAAACGCAAGCGAGCUACCAAAAAGUCAACAGAGGUUGCUGAGGAACAGGUGGAAACACCAAAGAGCCAGCCCAAGAAUUCGAGGAAGAAGAAGGCCAAAGCUGAUGCUUAG